AUGGCCAAAAUCGAGUGGGCCAAUGGAUUGCUCGGUCCUGAGCCGCGAUGGUCGAGUGAGCCAGACAUUGACCUCAUUGCCGCCAUCAUCGACGAGCGCUUGAACUGUGGAGGCCCUGGUGGUGUAACUAUCAGCCCCUUCGCCAGCGGAUGCUUCAACAAGCUCUACAAAAUAGACUUCCUCGACUCGAGUAUUCCGGCUUGUCUACUGCGAGUUACUUUGCCAGCAUAUCCUAAGUACAAGACUGAGAGCGAGGUGGCCACAUUGCGAUGGCUACAACGACACACGACUAUACCUGUGCCGGAAGUACUGGCAUUCGAAUCGUCUUCGCGGACGGACUUGGGUUAUGAGUGGAUCCUGAUGAAGAUGCUUCCAGGCAAGCCGCUAUCGCAGUGCUGGGGGGCUCUCAGCCUGGAACAGAAGGAGAGGAUUAUCAAGAAAAUUGCGAACUACCACUACCAGCUGCUUCAGCGCGAAAAUGCCCAAUCGAAGAUCGGAAGUCUGCAGCUGCCGCAUACCGAGUCAAGCAAACAGGAUCAGCAUACCCGUGAGUCUGUGGUUGGAGCCAUGGUACAUAUGCCCUUCAUCUUCGGCGAGCAUGCCGACAGCACAAUACAGAGAGGACCAUAUGAUUCAAUUAGCGCUUGGUACCGAGCUUGGUUGAUCGAGUUAGCACUCAUAGAAGACAAGAUCAGGCUGACUUGGGAUGAUUGCGAAGGUCUGGAACAGUCCGGAAAACACCUUGCGAACGGCAAAGCACUUAAGGAGCUGAUACUUGAACACACUACUCUCAACGAUGCUGCUCCAACGUUUCUCACCCACCAUGAUCUCCACCACGGGAACAUUCUCAUCGACGACGCAGGCAACAUCACUGGACUCGUCGAUUGGGAGUUCACCCUUUUCGCGCCAAAAUAUCGAGCUUUCAGCACCCCGAAGUUCCUGCGAAGUGAUUUUCGCGAUGAGGAGCCCGUGGCGGACGAGUACCCAGAUGCAAGUCCAGGCCAGGAUACUGAGUGGGAGAAACCAAUGAAGAACCUCGUCAACAUGAGAGGAAAGAACAACGACAGAUAUGGUGAGGACUACUUUGACUGGGAAACCACUCAGCUUCGACGGCUGUACUGGGAGGAGCUGGACCGCUUGUGUCCGCGGACAGAGGAUGAAGAGGUAGCUGAUGAUCUGCUAUUGAAUUUCGAGCUGGCCGUGGACGGCUGCAUGGAUUUCUGGACACAAGGCAUUACGUCUUCAUGGGUUCGAGAGAUGCUGGAAUCUGAGAAGGGGCCAGCGAAGAGGACGUCAAAGCGUGCGGCGGCAAUGAAGGAACAUAGGAGAGGAAAUAUGAGCAAUGGCGCGGGUAACACCGUAGGAUCAGAAGAGCACAUGGAUGAGAAAUUUGUGGAGCAGACGGCGAACGCAAAGAAGACAUUGCUUGGGAUGUGUGGAACUGAAGCAACAGGUGUCAAAGUAGGAAGAUAA